AUGAUCAAGGAUGAUAAUGAGAUCCUGCCUCCUCUGAAGGGCUACAAGGCGUACAACACUCAGCUGGCACGAGCCGGAAAGAAGCAGCACUGGCAGGAGAACCAGUCCCGCAACAGACCCGUCAAGGGGGGCAACUUCAUGGAUGACUUUGAGGAUGAAGGAGAGGAGCUGGAGGAGGAGGUUGAGGAAGAAGAGGAGAGCCUCUCCCACAUGGAGGAGGAGGCGAGAGCACGUGCAGAGAAGCAGGAGGUGCUCCGGCAGCAGGAGGAGGCGGAGCGUGCCAGAGAGGAAGAACAGAGGCUGGCAGACAUCGCCUCUGAUAUGCUGCUGCAGUACAUGGGGAGGAAGCAGCAGUCCUACAUGAAGCCCCGGCAGAAAAGCAGCAUGGGGGCCGCCGGCAACACCGCCGAGGACAAGCGCUCAGAGGAGGUCCUCCCCGAUGAAGACGACCUGGACCAGCAAAUGAUCGACAGGCUGAUCGAGAUCAGCAGCAAGCUGCAUCUGCCUGCUGAUGAUGUGAUUGAGAUUAUUAGUGACGUAGAGGAGAAGAAGAAGAAAAGGAAAGAGUUGCAGCAGCAGCCGAUUAACAGCAACCCCGUUGCCCCACGCUUCAGGCCUCUGGUGCCUCCUCCUCUGGCUGCCCCGCCUCUUUACCACUACACAGCCUCAAAAAACCCCAAGAAAGCCCCUUAUAAGUACAACAAGUCCAACAAGAAGUGGCACAAGGACAAAGUCAAGUCAUACAAGCAGGACUAUUGGUAUAAGCCUCAGAAGCAGCUUGACUACUGGUAUAAACCCCAGAAACAGUUUUUAGCCUUCCCCUCCUAUCCAUACUACCAAAAGCCAUAUCGAGCCUACUACCCUGUUUAUUUCCCAUAUCCCAAACAACAAUACUAUGGCAAGCCCUCCCCCUCCAGAGACCAGCCCUUCGGCCCCCAGGAACUUGAACUCCAGCCCCCGAGGCGCAGGCACAGGGCCGGGGGUAAGAACCGUGGGCAGGGCUGGAGGCAGCAGCCACCACCACGCCUGCCUCUCACCCCUUAUAUCUCUAACUAUAUCCUCCCUCACCCACGGACCUACCAACCCCUGCCCCCUCCCAAACCAAUAACCACCCCCAGGAGAGGCAGGCGACCCCCGUACUACUAUCCACAAGUCACACCAGGAGAUGACUAUGAGGAAGAUGGGCUGGUGCCUCAGCUGGACAGUGAGGAGGAACUGGAAAACUUUAUUGAGAGGAUCUACAUGAAGCGCAGAAUGUAUUGAGAGACUUUUUUGGACAUUUGUCAGAUCAGAGAGACUGACGGAGGUGGGAUAGAUAUACAGUAGCUGGAGAAAAGCUAAAACAGGGGUGAAAAAAUAAAAGACUCAGAGGAGUUGUGUUUGGAGCCUGACGGAAAUUUAAGGUCCGAGAAGUAAAAAGUUAGAUUUAUGUUGUUUUAAUCACUGUACUUUUGUUGAUUUUCUCAGUCAGGGAGAGGAUGAAGGGGUCCCAGUUUAAGCUCCCUGUAACCAUGUUCAGCCUCUUGCUCAGUUUACAUUUUGAAACAGAACAUACCAUGGUGUAUGUCUGCCUCCAUUCAGGUCAAUCUCUGAUGCUCUUGCAUAUUUCAGAGAUUUCAGAGGACACACACACACACACACACACACAGAUAAACACACACAGACACACAUAUACAUCAACACACCUACAUAAAAUCACAUUUUUGACACAUUCGCAAGCAGAUGUGCCCAUUGUAAGAGAACCAUGUUUACAACAUCACUUUGUAUCUUUUGUUUUAUAUUCUGUAUGUCAUAUUACAAAACUAAAGUAGUUCAAUGACUUCUUAGCUAUACAAGUAUAUAAAAAAAAAACCUGAACACUGCUAUUGUCAGAUGUUGACAGUAUAUUUUUGUUGUAUUUGAUGUGUGUACUUGCCUUUCUUAUUCCCGAUUGGAUCAACUUUAAACAGCUGCAAUUUGCAAAAGGUGCCAAAUACACACAUUUCAGUUUUUCAAACUCAAGAUUCAGAUUUUUGCCUUACAAGCGCCAUGGUUCUAUAAGGGAAAUAUCAUAUCGCAUAAUUCUAUCAUCACAACCGGUCCCAAUGUAGAAACCCUGUGGACUCCAAAAGCACAAACUUAAAUACUAAACACUUCCAACCUGGUGGACUAAGGGUUUUCAAUCAUUUUGGGAUCCAGAAGUUAUUGUGUCAACAUAUUUAUGGCAGAUCCACCAUAAUAAGUGUCACCACCGCCAUUCGCUGCUCCUUGACUUUGCGGGAGUAUUUCCACGUGUCAUUUUCUCAUCGUGCAUCUGUAAUUCACGAUUACUCACUUAUUCUUUGUGUUUUUUUUGUUUUUUUUACGCACACACACGCACACACACACACGGUUGUUUCUUGCAUCAUAUCCACAAUAUCCAGUUUUCCUUUCUUUCCAAGAGAAAAAAAAAAUACUUGAAAUCACUCUGUUUGUUCUGCAGCCUUUUUAAACAGAUUUCCACCAAGAGGCUACAAACAUUUAUGUUCAUUUUCAGAAGAAAUUCAUUGAAAAGUUUCAGGCCGGGGAGUCAGGGAUUGUGCUUAAACCGUUAAAUGCACGUCUUUCUACUUGCAUCUUAAAAAAUGAAAAAAAAAAAAGAACAAAAAAAAAGAGAAAAAAUAAAACAGUAUGGAGAAUCCAAAGUGGUUGUUUUCUCUGAAUAAACUGUGAACAUAAAAAAAAAAGAAUUUUCAAAAGGAAGAGGGCCACUGUGUCCACAGUGAAGCCAUCUGUCUUGUAAAAGGAGAGUGUUGUUGUUGAUGUCACCUUUAGCAUUGUAAGAUGUACAGUGUGAAAUAAAUAUGCCCGUGCAAUGUGUAAAUAACAGCAUGAUGAUUACUAGUUUUGCUAUAUGAUAAAAAAUAAAAGCAAUUAUUUU